GCGAGCUGUAGCGUAAAAUAGGCUCCAUUUUGUGUGGAUAAACGCCACUCUCUUUUCAUCUGUGCAAGCGGCAGUAAGAAACGCAAUUUCUCCGGAGAAAACAGAGAAAGAUUUCACAAGCAUGAGUGGCUGUCGCAUAUUCAUUGGCCGACUGAACCCUUCGGCAAGGGAAAAAGAUGUGGAGAGAUUCUUUAAAGGUUUCGGUCGCAUCAGAGACAUAGACCUGAAAAGAGGCUUUGGAUUUGUGGAGUUCGACGAUCCCAGGGAUGCCGAAGAUGCGGUCUAUGAGUUGGACGGCAAAGAGCUAUGCAACGAAAGGGUGACCAUCGAGCACGCCCGCGUGCGACUGCGAGGGGGCAGAGGCCGUGGGGCUGGUGGAGGAGGUCGUUUCCCCGACCGCUAUGGCAGAGGUUCUCAGGAGAGUAGGAGUAGAAACCCUCCUCCGAUGCGCACCGAGAAUCGACUGAUUGUGGAGAAUUUGUCAUCUCGCGUCAGCUGGCAGGAUCUGAAAGAUUUCAUGAGACAGGCAGGAGAGGUUACGUUCGCUGAUGCCCACCGACCCAAGCUCAACGAAGGGGUGGUUGAGUUUGCUUCCUACAGCGAUCUGAAAAACGCCCUUGAGAAACUGUCUGGGAAGGAAAUCAAUGGCAGGAAAAUCAAGCUUAUUGAGGCUGCUAAGAAGAGGUCCAGGAGCCGUUCCCGUUCCGAGAGCUCCUCCCGCUCGCGCUCUCGUUCUCGUGGCCGUUCCCCUUCCCGCUCUCGCUCCCCCAGGAGGUCCCGCUCACGCAGCCCCAAGACCUACAACCGCUCCCGCUCUCGCUCCCACUCCCGCAGCGCCUCCCCCCCACCCCGGGGCUCCCCCCCAGUCCAGAGGACCAAGGAGCCUGCCAAGCGCUCCUCCAAGGCCAGCAAAUCUGCCUCCCCGCCCCCCGUCCAGAGAGCGGCUUCUUCCAGGUCUCGCUCCCGGUCCCUGUCCACGGACAGCCGCCAUUAGACGACACACACACACACACACACACACUUUCUCAAAAAAAAUGUGAACACACAUUUACAACACACACACAUGCAAACAUACAACCUCACCACCAUCCCAUACAGAAACGUUCCCACUAACCGUUUUAUUAAAACAAAGCCAGGUACUAUUUCACCCAAUAGUCCUGGUUAUCCCAUUUCCCCCUCAUGUCUCUUUCACCUCUCCCCUCUUUCGAUAAGGCUGACUUUCACUGUCAGGUGCAAGCAUGGUCCUCGCUGCCACAGAAGAUGUGCUGAGAUAAGAAUCUUGUUUGACAAAGAUGGUCCUUUAUUUACUUUGUUGUGGUCAGUAUCUGUGCAUGGAAUAAUGGUUGGAAUAUCUUUUUUUUUUGUUUUAUCAAAACGUCUGUGCGAAUGACCCCUCCCCUUCCCAGGCUGGCAACUCUUAUCAGGAACUGUUGAUGAAAGAUAAUGCACGGUGAUUAUUGAGUUUUGAAAAUGCUUUGAAUAGAACUUACCUAAGCUUAAAGGUUUAACAGUUUGGGGUUGUUUUAUGCUGUGAUUUAAUUAAACUUUUUAUUUUAUGCUCCCGUUUGACAACUUUUCUUUUUUUUAAAUGUUGUUCAUGCUGUUCUUUUUUUAUGCAUUGUAUUGAAUGUUCAGAGUGGUUGUAUGAAAUAUUGUUUCUGUAAAGCAAUGUAUAUGUUUUCUUUUUACAAUGUAUGGUGGUGUCUGGAGGAUUGUGCCACAACGUAUUGUUGGUACAAAAAGGUUGGAACACAACCCUCUUGACAGUUGGAAAAAAUAAAAAAUAUUUUGUAUUCAUAA